AUGCCUCAUCAUUCCCGCCAAAGCCAGGCGGAGGUGCCUUCCGUGACCAGCUACGGGCAGGUGAUUGAGUACAUCGCUGAUCGCCUCUACCUCGCCUCAUACACCCACCCGCCAGACGAGAAGACUCCCUUCCCAUACGACUCCAAGCAGAGCCGGUCGCCAAAUAAACGAUCAUCACGAGCGCAAGUUGGAUCCCAAGGUGUCCAGGGUUCUGCCCCAUCAUCGCCGCCGUUCUACUUCUGCAUCGAUCGCACUCUACUCUACAACGCCUUUCACGCCGAUUUUGGCCCUCUGCACAUCGGCCACUUGUACAGAUUCGCUGUCCAGCUUCAUGAAGUGCUCGGACACCCAGACAAUGAGCACAGGUCUGUUGUGUUUUGGAGCAAUGCAGAUUCGAGGAGCCGGGCUAAUGCAGCAUGCAUCCUUGCGACGUACAUGGUUCUGAUCCAGAACUGGCCCCCUCAUCUCGCGCUUGCACCCAUUGCACAGAUGGACCCACCAUGCAUGCCUUUCCGUGACGCUGGAUACAGCCAAGCAGACUACUCGCUCACCAUCCAGGACGUUGUAUAUGGAGUGUGGAAAGCAAAAGAGGAGGGCUUGGUAGGCUUGAAGGAAUUCAGCCUCGAAGAGUACGAGAAGUAUGAGCGCGUGGAUAUGGGUGACUUCAACUGGAUAUCGCCCGAUUUUCUGGCCUUCGCUUCUCCGCAGCACAAGCCCACGAACGUGAUCGCGCCCACAGAUCCGCUGUACCAGCAGCUUCCACGCAGUGUGUCACAAGUGGCCCGGGAUCAGUCCCUACCCGAACCAUUCAAGAAUGUGCUCGUGCACUUUGCAGAACGGCGCAUUGGCCUUGUGGUUCGACUGAACUCUGAGUUGUACUCGCCGAGCUACUUCACUGCUCUCGGCAUCAAACACAUGGACAUGAUCUUCGACGACGGAACCUGUCCACCGCUCAACCUGGUGCGAAAGUUUGUGAACUUGGCGCACGGUGUUAUCAAUCAACAAAGGAAAGGCAUCGCAGUGCACUGCAAAGCGGGACUUGGACGGACAGGUUGCUUGAUUGGUGCGUACCUGAUCUACCGCCACGGCUUCACAGCCGACGAGGUCAUUGCCUUCAUGCGCUUCAUGCGGCCUGGAAUGGUCGUUGGCCCUCAGCAGCAUUGGCUUCAUUUGAAUCAAGGCACUUUCCGCGAAUGGUGGUUCGAAGACACUAUGAAGGAGAAGAUCAUGGCCUCUAUGCAGCCAACAACCCCAACGAGACUGCAGAACUCGAGCAGCCGGCGGUUGGCGAGCAACGGCCAGACGUUCACUCCUCCCAACGCCGACAGACAAGCCGUCAGUCCACGUAGAGCUUUGGGCGAGAUCACGAACAAUGAGGGUGCCCCAACACCAACUGCUGGCUACAACUCCAACAAGGACCUCAAGGGUAGUCUAGGCGUUGCAGAUGAAAAUCUGCCAGCUCCAACUCCAGGACAGCCCAGGAAAACGAACAAACUGUACGCCGGUGGUCGCAGAAUCAUGACUGAGAACCAGCCAUUCAAUGUCUUGGAUGACAGUACGAGUGGGCCACGAUCGAGAGGAGAUCCAGCCGAGAGCGAAGAAGAACGAGCGCUUCGUACCAUUUCACGGAAGACCAGCCAGUCUCCUGUGAGCCGCAGCGGGAAGCGACGAGCAGUAUCCUGCACCACUACGACAACAACAACCACCAAAUGGGAUGUACCUACAGACAGUGACGCUGAGAACCGACCCGGAACUGUCGACGAGGAGGUCGACCUGCCAAUGUCCGAACGCAUGGUCAGCCCGACAAGACCGAAGACCCCUAGCGCGAGGAGCGGUAGCGGCGUUGGCAGUUUGAGCGUUGGCAAACGUUCGUCACCGAUCCGCCGCAGUACCGAAGGCAAGACGAGCGUCCGCAAGACCAGCGGUCGGGUCGGCAGCGUUGGAACCCAAGCGGCUCGCUCGCACAAGAGCUCAUGA